CAUCCGCUCCAUCGUCGCCACGAAGACCGUGCAGUCAGUUCACCACCGCCACCUCGUCGCCGCAAGAGUUGUGUCGCCUAUCAAUAGGUGAUCAUCCGCUCCAUCGUCGCAACGAAGACCGUGCAUCCAGUUCACUACCGCUACCCCGUCGCCGCAAGAGUUGUGUCGCCUAUCAAAUUGCCACCGUUGGCGAUCACUUGGAGAUUGUACCUCCCGCAGCCCCACCACUCGCCACAAGGAAGCCCAUUGCGCGCAAUUUUGGUCCUUCUGCGCCAGCAGACCCCGAACCAGCAGGAAGUAAAAAAUCCCUAUUGCAAACCAUGGACGACAGGGGAAACCCCACGCCAGCGCCGCGCACAUCGCUCAGGUCCAAAGUGGUAAUGACUCCCUCCCUGGAAGGCGAACCAUCACCUGGCUCUCUUCGCCACGAGGAGGACUAUCUGCGAUGUCGCCUGCGCACUCGUCACCACUCCCUAAGAAUGUGCCCCGUAUUCGUAGGCAUGAAGCCGCAACAACGCUUUUUGUUAGCCAGGGCACAUAAAUAUUGCACAAAUUGUCUGGCUCUGUCGCACAUCACGGCCGAAUGCACAUCCAGUGGUAGGUGCAGAGUGUUCUCGCUACAACAUCACACACUCUUACACCGGCAGCUCGCCGCACGAAUGCGAACUCCGCAGUGCAGCUCCACAAACGCCUCGUCCACACAAAUAGAAACGCUCCCCAAUGUGGGGGAUCAGGGCGUACACCACCGCGCUUCAAGCACCUCGGACGCCAUACCUCAGAGUCCGCAAAUAGAAAACGCACCGUUCGACGUACCGCCCGUGGGCUACAAACUGCCUCCUAUCGGGUUAAAGUCACCAGCAUCCUGGUUCAUGAGGCGAUGCGGGCUCUACAGGAGCUGAAGGAGGCACUAGGCGCUUAAUGCAUCUAGGGCCGGCAGGAUGUUGGAGCGACCAAUGCGGAAACACGUCCACAGUAUUUCAUUGAAUGUAUUUAUUGAAGUUGUAUGCAUUCAUAUCUAUUACUAUGUCUCCAUUGAGAGAUUUAUUCAUUAAGAUUUAAUAAAUCCAGUUGCUAAAUCACAACCGUCUCUAU